AGAGAGAGAGAUAGAAAGAGACGAGAGUGGGUGGGUGGAGUUCAAUAUUUAUUACGACAUCAAUAACCAAUAGAAUGUGCUACUGCUUGUAUAGCUGUAGAGGAUAGUGUGCAGAGAGCCAAGUUGGAUGGAAUGCUCUCCAUCUCCUCUGCUUAGCAGCUGGCUAUAGUUCUUCUCUCUUUGUUUCUUUCCAAUGUUUAUAUCUAAUGAUGACAAGCUGAUGUGACAUCUACAAUAAAGCACCGCAUUUCAUGAUGAUUCGUAACCUGUUUGCAAGAUAACACCAAACUGGAGCCGGACACAGCGAAGUGGGAAGACAUCAAUAUGUCCCUGAGUGACAACAUGACAUACACACUACCCACUUGGGCUAACGAGACAACAGUUCUCAGCCAAAAACAACUUGAGCAGAUCAAAGCCUACCAAAUCUCAAUUUCCAUCCUCAUCUAUGUUCUUCCAGUGAUAAUUAUCAUGGGAACAAUAGGGAACAUUCUCAGUUUCAUCAUUUGGAUGAAACGUAAAUUACGAAGAACAUCGACUUUUUUUUACCUUGCCAUGCUGGCAAUCUCGGACACUGUAUUCCUCCUAAUAAGUGGUCUCAAGACAUGGAUUCGUAUGUGGUCUUACAUAGAACUCUUACACGUUUCUGUCUUUAGCUGUAAAGUAAUAAUAUUUAUUAUAAACUCUUCCUUACAUAUAUCUGCCUGGUUGAUUGUAGCAGUGACUGCAGAAAGGUUCCUGGCGGUUUGGUUUCCUUUGCGCGCGAACGGCAUGUGCAGUUUCCGUCGAGUCAAAAUUGUUACUGCUACGAUUGUCACAGUAUUUCUAUUGCUCAACUCACAUUUCUUUUGGACAGCAGAACUAGUAAGUACUGACAACCCCGAGAGCCCUGACAAACUAGAAUGCACAAGUAAAAUGAUCAAAAUUUGUGUUUAUUUCCCAUGGUUCAACAUGGUCCUCUUCUCUGUGAUUCCCUCUGUUCUACUUCUUAUAUUGAACCUGCUCAUCAUAUUCUGCUUACUGAAGCAUCGUGAAACAUUGAAAAGUGCCAUGACAAAGGACGAUCAACACAUGCGAAGCAUACACCGCCGACUUGCAGUCAUUCUUUUAACUAUUUCCUUUGUAUGGAUUUUCACAACAGUUCCUAACACCCUCACUUCCAUCACUAAAAAAUCCAGGAAGGACUUAGAAAGCCUGGCUGAGGCCAUACUCUUACGAGUACUCAGUUACAUUCUUCUUUACAUCAACCAUGCUAUCAACUUCUUUCUCUACUGUUUAACUGGCAGACUUUUCCGUAUAGAAUUAAAAAAGUUAUUCUGCUGCAAAUCCCAGAAGAAGCACCGUCAGAUAAUUGUUUUCAAGGCCAGCAACAAUGACAGUGCACAUCCACUCAUGGAACAACACAAAAUACAAAUAGUUUACAAACGCAGCCAGUAAACCAACAACUUGACUUUAGAAUGCAAACACAAAAGAGAUGACCACCUCACCCCGAAAAUAAUGACUGAUAUUUUACAAUAGUUUCAGAGUAAGAAUUAUAGAAACAUACAGAGUUAUGUAGAGUAGGAAUUAUACAGCGUGGAUAAAUUUCUAAACAAUCUUUGUCAAUAAUUCAAGAGUAAUAUAAAACAAGACAUAAUUCUUUUUAAACAACAUUAUUCACAAGUUAAUGGAAAACAUGAUUAUUUCAUUGAAUUAAUUCUAAAAUGAAAUCAACUGAGAAAGAUUUAUUUUAUAUCCUAAAACAUUAUCAAAAGAUAAGAGACAAAGAUUUAUAAAAAAUAAUAAUAUAAUUUUGAAUAUCAAUCAGAGAAUGUCAUUAAGUAGUCACUCUACACUGUCACAAAUUUUUGCUGUAUUUUUCAAUGAAAUUGGUUCUCUUUAUAAUCAUCUUCAUAAGAAGCAAUUACUAGAUGGCUGCUAAGAUAAAAAUUUCUAGUUAAAUAUGUCACGGUUUCCAUAAUGUGAAAUGGUGAAAAAUGAGCUUGGCGUGAGGUGGAGGUUAAAAUUUAAUGAUCCUAAUGAAAAAUAAUAUUUAAUUUUUACAAUUAAAAAAACUGCUUUUGUAUCCUCUUUAAAACAAAAUAAUAAUGAAAAAAGACUGAACGAAAGCUGAAAAUAACACCAUUUAUGAUUUAAUUAAACUAUAAUAAAUAGAUAAACACGGAGAUAAAAUAAUAAAGCAAUUCAUUUUUAUAUGCCGUUUUUAGAAUAAUGAAUGUAUCAUCUAGAAAAAGAGCAACUUCAUACUUUCUCAAAUUAAAAAGAGAAUUAGAAAGUUAAUUUUUUUUUUUUUUUUUUUGUAAUUAAUCAUGAGUAGAAACAAUAAAUAU